GUUGUCGCCAAGCGCCGCCAUUUUGCCGAUACGGUUUACUCUUAAACUCACAAUAGGACGCGUCUCUUUACGAUACACCCUCAUCAAUUCGCUCUUGUCGGCAUCAUUUUAACCUUAUAUAUUAUUAUUAUACAUAUAUAUAUAUAUUUAUUUAUUUAAUUAAAUAAAUUAUUAACGUAUAAGUAUUUUUUAGACUUAAUUAUGAUCAAGGCCGACGAGUCGCAAAAUCAAAAUGAUGAUCGUGAACGCAGUCGUGAACGUGAUAGAAAUCGUCGUUCAGACCGUCAACGUUUAAAUUCAUCUAGUCGUGACCGGAGCCGAGAACGUAGUGGUGGUGGUGGUGGUGGCGGAGGCGGUUCAGGUGGACGUCGUAUAUCAGAACGUCGUAUUUACGUAUCAAAUAUUCCGUACGACUUUCGUUGGCAAGAUCUCAAGGACUUAUUUCGUACUGAAGUUGGCAAGGUUGCACACGUCGAGUUAUUUACUGAUGAAAACGAAAAACCACGUGGUUGUGGUAUUGUUGAAUUUGAGGACGCAGAUAGUGUGAAAGUUGCUGUUGAAAAAAUGCAUCGAUUUGAUAUCAAAGGACGUAAACUUGUUGUAAAAGAGGAUUAUGACGUAGAACGUGAUAAAUAUGGACGCUUACAGUCAUCACGUGACCAUGAUCGUUCCCGCGACGACCGUUUUCGUGAUUCAUCUCGUUCUAAUGCCGGACGCGGAAGCUUAGCGAGCUCUGGUUCAGUUAUGGGUGGCAACGGUGCUGAUAAAUUUGGAAAUACCUAUGGAUUAAGCACACAAUUUUUAGAGUCACUGGGAAUAAAUGGACCAUUGGUAACACGUGUAUUUGUAGCUAAUUUAGAUUACAAAGUCGAUGAAAAAAAAUUACUCGAAGUAUUUAAACUUGCGGGUAAAGUACUUCAUGUUGAAUUGGGUAAAGAUAAAGAUGGAAAAUCUCGUGGUUUUGGUGUAGUAGAAUAUGAUCAUCCAGUUGAAUCAGUUCAAGCAAUUUCAAUGCUUCAUAAUCAACAGCUUUAUGACAGAAGAAUGACUGUAAGAUUAGAUCGUGCUAAUGAUCCAGAUUUACCGCCAAAGCUACCUGAAGGUUUAAAAUCAAUUGGUAUGGGAUUGGGUGCUGGCGGUAACCGACUUAUGGAUGUUGCUAGAAAUAUUCCCAAUAUUACGGCGAAUACUCCUGUUGUAAAUCCAAUUGCUGCACCAGUACUUGCCACCAGUGCAUUUGGAGGUGGACUUAACAAUGUUGUACCUGCUCAAUUAGCAUCAGCAUUAACAAAUUCUAAUGCAGCUGCACUCCAAGCAAGUUUAGCAAGUGGUCUAGGUGGUAACUUAACAACUUCAUCACUUUUGAAUUCAUCAUUGACCUCAGAAUUGGCAUCAAAUUUGAACAAUUUUACUAGUAAUGUUGGUGGAUUGUCAAGUUUGCAAGCGUCAUUGGCGGCAAGCGGUCAAGGAAAUAAUUCAUUUGGUCAACGUGGUCUUGGUAAACUUGAUAGUGAUGUUGGUGGUUUCGGUAAUAAUGCAUUUGGUAAUUCAAGCUACGGUGGCGGUAGUCGUGGUGAUUUCGAUGCAUUUAAUCGCGAUGCUGACCGUCUUGCCAAUGCCAGUGCAGUUUUUUCAGCAAAUCAAAAUCAACAGGCAAAUUCUGUUAAUCGUCAGUCAAGCAAUGGAUCAAGACCUAUUUCAGAUACUAUUGUUAUUGCUAAUCUACCACCCAGUACAACGUGGCAAAUGUUACGUGACAAAUGUCAAGAAAUUGGUGAAGUUAAAUUUGCCGAAAUGAGAGGUAAUGAUGUCGGCAUGGUACGUUUCGGAUCUGAAUGGGAUGCUGAGAGAGCUGUCUCAAUGAUGAAUCGUUCACGUAUUGAUGGGCGAGCAAUCGAGGUACGACUUUACUAAUCUAUAUAUACAUAUAUAUAUAUAACGUUAACAUUAUAAUGUUAACUAGAUUACACACGAAAGGUAAUCACUUAUAUAUAUAAUUCCAUAACUUUUUUUUUUAAUUUUUAUAACUAUAAUUAUCAAUUAAAUAUAAUGAUUAACAAAUAAUCACAGACAAAAAUAAUAAUAAUAACACAUCAUUUAUAACGAUGAGUAAUUGACGAUAAUUGAAGAUUAUUAACUAAUUUGUAAUUAAUAGGGACUGUGUCGAAGGUUCAGUAAUUUACUCAUUAUUUUAUUCCAUUGAUUCCGUUGAUUUUUAUUGACUAGUAUUGAUUAGUAUUCCAUUACUCGUCUUAUUUCUUUCUAUUUCAGUCUAAAUAAUUUUCUACAUCCAAGAAAUAUUAAUUGAUUUUUUUUUUUGUUUAAUAUUUCGAUGCAUUUAAUUAAUUGUUCAUUAUUACACUUAUUUCUAAUUACUUCAAUUUGUGAGAGUAAAAAAUAUUUAAAUAUAGUAGACUGUAAGAUACAUAAAUUUAAAAAAGCCUGUAUUUUUUUUUCUUUUUUGUUCCUUUGUCAAACAAAAAAAUAAUUUAUUGAGAUUGUUGUUUGUGAAUUUAUCGUAUCAAUCUGACGUAAUUACAAGAGGUUUAAUUGAACAAGAAAAAAAUAUGGUAGUAAUAAAUAUUUAAUCACUAUCUGUAUGCUAAGAGGUGUCCGAUUGUAAUAAAAAAAAAAUAAUUUCGUAUCAUAUUUGUUUGAAAUUAUCAUCUGUUGUCGGUUGCAAUCGAUUGUAUCGAAUUUAAAUUGUUCAAUUUAAUUUAUUUAUUAUUUUCUGGGAAUUUGUACUCGAUGAUAUUUUAUAUUUCAUAUAUUGAUAAUCGUCGAUUUUUAUAAUAACUCCAUGUGAUUGAUAAAUAAUUCAAAUUCAAUGUAAGGAUGGGAUUUAUUUUUUUAAUUCAACUCUUGGUGGUUUCAAUAUGAAAAUUUAUAAAUCCAAGGAAUCGAUUUAUAUAUCGCUCUGAUUUUCAACUGUAUAACAAAAUAAAAUUCAAGUGAUCAUCAACGAAUUAAUUUUAUUAAAUGAUAUUCAAUGGAAAUUGUGUGAAAUUCAGCCCAGAAAUUUCGAUGAUGACGAUGAUGAUGAUUUUUUGGGUUCAAUUUUAUAAUUUUAAAGGCUCGGACAUUUAUUUGUGUUAAUAAUUUCAUCAAUUUCAUCAAUCAAUUGAUCGUGUAUUGAGAUAAUAAUUUAUUCAUCAUCAUCAACACCAGCGGCAACAACAAAGGAUUCAAUAUAUAUAUUGUAUGUGUAGACUUUUCUUCGACAAUUUAAGUUAUUGGAGUUAUUUGUAUUUGUAU